CGUAGUCGCCGGCUGAAUGGGCGGUGGCAGAGCAUGUGUGAUCCGCUGAGGCUGCUGCUUGCCUGGGACCCAGAGGUUGCAUGCCUCUCCCCGGCCGGACCGUAAAGCCGGGGGCUGCGAGGACGCGGCGACGGAGGAGGAGGCAAAGGGCAGCUGGAGAUAGGCCGGGCGCCCCUUUCCGAGGGUGAAGGGCCCCCGCUCUGCGGGGGUCAUGGCAGCGCUGGCGGACAGAGUACGAGGCAGCGGGCGCAUCGCCGCCGGGCUCCUGCUCAACCUACUGGUGUCCAUCUGCAUCGUGUUCCUCAACAAAUGGAUCUAUGUCCACUACGGCUUCCCCAACAUGAGCCUGACCCUGGUGCACUUCGUGGUAACUUGGCUGGGCUUGUACGUCUGCCAGAAACUGGACAUGUUUGCCCCCAAAAGUCUGCCGCCUUCCAAGCUCCUCCUCCUGGCCCUCAGCUUCUGUGGCUUCGUGGUCUUCACCAACUUAUCUCUGCAGAACAACACCAUAGGCACCUAUCAGCUGGCCAAGGCCAUGACCACGCCGGUGAUCAUAGUCAUCCAGACCUUCUGCUAUAAGAAAACCUUCUCCACCAAAUUACAGCUCACGCUGUGGGUAGGAGCCAAACAGCAUGAAUUGCAAGUGAACUCGAUGCAGCUGCUGUACUACCAGGCCCCGAUGUCAUCUGCCAUGUUGCUGGUCGCCGUGCCCUUCUUUGAGCCAGUGUUUGCAGAAGGAGGAAUAUUUGGUCCCUGGUCAGUCUCUGCUUUGCUGAUGGUCCUGCUCUCUGGAGUAAUAGCUUUCAUGGUGAACUUAUCGAUUUAUUGGAUCAUUGGGAACACUUCACCAGUCACCUAUAACAUGUUUGGACACUUCAAGUUCUGCAUUACGUUAUUUGGAGGAUAUGUUUUAUUUAAGGACCCAUUGUCCAUUAAUCAGGGUCUUGGCAUGUUAUGUACACUAUUUGGCAUUCUUGCCUAUACCCAUUUUAAACUCAGUGAACAGGAAGGAAGUAAGAGUAAAUUGGUGCAACGUCCUUAAUUAGGUUUUCGUAGAGAAAAGAAAGUCGCCUGAAGAAGAUAAAAAAAAAGUAUUAAGUGUGCAAGUUACUUUCAAAGAUGAAACAAAAAUUAUAUUGCAAAAUGCAUUAAAUAAUGGUUUGAAAGAAGUUAAGCAAAGGAAAUUUUAUUCAUAAAUCUGACUCUCUUGGGACUUACCUGGUGGUCCAGUGGUUGGGACUCCACGCUUUCACUGCCAAGGGUGCAGGUUUGAUCCCUGGUCAGGGAACUAAGAUCACACAAGCCAUGUGGCACAGCCAAAAAUUAAAAAAAAUUUUAAAUAAAAGUAAAGUAAAAUAAAUAUGACUUUCUCUUUUAGAGUACCUUUUUUAAAAAACGUAAUUCUCUAAAACAUGGCUCAUGCUUCUUUUCAAAGAUGAUUCUAUGAAGUAUACAGAAUGUUUGGUUAUAUCAAAUGAAGUACAUGAAAUUAAAGUUCUGUAAUGGUGACAAAGGAAUUCAGAUCACUGUACUACAAACGUGUAGUGGUUUUUAAGGAAGGACACAUAGGACUCCUCUACUUGCUCGUAGGUGGUCCCCAAUGUGAGCUCUGUUAUAAUUUAGGCCAAAGUAUUCAAGUCAGAAUUUAAAGCUAGCAUUUCUAUUGAUAUUUUAGUUGUUUUAGUAUAACUUCCGGCUUUUUUCAUUUAUAGAUAUGAAAUAACAUUUCUAGAAAGCAAAGUGUAGUAAAGGGGACCAUAAGCCAAAAUCCGGUUCUAAAAGUACCAUUUCUCUAGUAGAAAAUUGGUGUAAGAAGUUAGAUGUUAUUAAAAAAAAAUACAGUUUCUGUAGGUAUUCUCUUGUUUUGAGCUCUCAGUGAACUCUAGAAACUAUACAUGAAGUUAAAAAACAAAAUAGCUCCAUGUUUAAAUGGCUCAAAGAAAAGACUACAGGAGGAAUUGAGCAGGUUUCUUCUUAUCCUGGUGACUGUUCUUCUGGCCUCUUUGAGCAUUUCAUGUUGGUAAUUUCUUAAGACUACCUUCCUGCUGUCAUUCCCUACCCGCCACGUGUGAGGCAUCCGUCGAGCUUUCUUUGGCACUGAAGGAUUUGGAGUGAACUACGUCAGCCUUUCUAAGGGGGCUGAGGAAAAUUCUUGAGCAGCAAGUCAAGGCAAAUGUUAUCAAAGACUAAGCAGAAGCUUGAUGAAGAUACGAGGAAAGAUUUGAAAGAGAAGUAGAGAAACAGUCAAUAUUUAACAAGUUCCAUGAGUUUUUUAAAGGGAUAAUUUAAAAAAAUGUUAUAGGGGAAAUACAUGAUACUUAAGGAAAUAAUUGUGCCACAUAUUUAAUUGCAAAGUCUAUUUCUGCCUUCCAACGUUUGACAUUUGAGAAUUCAAAGCAGUUGUUGAUAACCUCUCACAAUAAAUUGACUGAAACAGGUAAUCCCUCUUGUAAUAAGUAAUUCUUUUUCUAAACAUUGUUUAGAAACUUCAAGUGAGAACACAACACUUAGGAGGACGAAGAACCACAUGUAUAAAAUAUGCCUUUUAGGAUUAUUUUUUUCCUGGCCUGUUUGAAAUGAAAAGCCUCACUGAAAAUCUUAUUUUGACAGAAUUUCAAUGUAUCAGUCAAUCUGUUGUGUGAUUUUUAUGUGUGGUUUUCUGUUUUUGUUUUAAAUACUUUUGGUUCUUCUCCGUUUCCAAAGAUACAUUUUAUUGUGCUAAGAAAUACAAAGCAGAUUGUCUUGCCAGAUGAACCUCAGGAGUUAUGUUUGUCUAAGAAAUGUUCUCUGUGUAUGUUUAAAUUAACAUAUAAUUAUUUCCCAAAAGCUGGAGAAAAGUAUUUCAGCAUUUCAGAGGAUUAUGCGACUUCUGUGCACUAACAGCUGAGUUGAUUUGUGCCAUGUACAAAUUCUUCUUAACUGUAAAUACAACUUGGGGAGGGGAUUUAUAAUAAAUGUUGGAGAGUUAUAAUAAAUGACUGAUGUCAAUAGGAAUGCAAGGAAGGUUGGAACAAGAUAGCAUGGGGGGGUAUGUAUUUAUAAGUGAAUAAAAUAUGUACUCCUGGAACUAGAGUCUGAUAAACAUUUUUUGCCCUGAAGACCAUCUUCCCAUUGAAAAGGAAAUUCCUGGGGGAAAAAUGUACCAGACCAUAAGGACCAACCAUAGAGACAAACCAGAAAUGCAGUGCUAUGGAAGAAAACAUGCUGGCUGUCCUUUUGUUACGGAUGUAACUGCACUUGUUUUUUAUUGUAUACUCGAUGACUGGGCUUCAGCUGUUACCUGUUAUAA